AUGACCUUGUUAGUGGGCGGUUUUGAGUCCCACGUUUUAUUCGACUCUGGAGCAUCGAAUUGCUUCAUUACACCGGAGCGUGCCGAGAAGAGUGGCAUCCGGAGUAGCGCGGGCGAGAGCGCGGGCAUGGUCAAGGUGGCGGGAGGUGGAUUCUUGUCUACUUUGGGCCGUGCUAGAGGAGUCGAGAUCGAGAUUGCGGGGCAGUCAAUGCCAGCAGACUUAGUCAUCAGUCCGGUGGAGCUGUAUGACGUUAUUCUCGGGAUGGACUGGUUGUCACACUACAGAGUUCAUCUGGAUUGCUACAGAGGUAGAGUGGUCUUCGAGCGAGAUGCAGGGAGGUUGGUUUAUCAGGGAGUGAGACCGACUUCCGGGAGUAUUGUGAUAUCUGCUAUUCAGGCCGAGCAGUUGUUAGUGCGGGGCUGUGAGGCGUAUCUGGCGACGAUUUCUAUGUCUGAGUCAGGAGCUGGAGUUGUUAUGGGAGAUAUUGAGGUUGUCCAGGAUUUUGAGGAUGUCUUUCAGUCACUGAAGGGAUUACCACCAUCUCGGUCUGAUCCUUUCACGAUUGAGUUAGAGCCGGGGACAGCACCAAUAUCGAAGACGCCUUACAGGAUGGCGCCAGCUGAGUUGGCAGAGCUGAAAAAGCAGAUCGAGGACCUUUUGUCUAAGGGGUUCAUUCGACCAAGUGUUUCACCGUGGGGAGCACCGGUGUUGUUUGUGAAGAAGAAGGAUGGCAGUUUCAGACUUUGUAUUGAUUACAGAGGUCUUAACCGAGUCACUGUGAAGAACAUGUACCCACUCCCGAGGAUUGAUGAGUUACUGGAUCAGUUGAGGGGUGCUACUUGGUUCUCCAAGAUUGACUUGGCAUCGGGGUAUCAUCAGAUCCCGAUAGAUGAGGCAGAUGUCAGGAAGACUGCUUUCAGGACGCGUUAUGGGCAUUUUGAGUUUGUGGUUAUGCCUUUCGGUUUGACUAACGCGCCGGCAGCCUUCAUGAGAUUGAUGAACGACGUGUUCAGGGAGUAUUUAGAUGUGUUCGUCAUCAUUUUCAUUGAUGAUAUUCUGGUAUACUCGAGGAGUCAGGAGGAGCAUGCGACUCACUUGAG